AUGCUACCUUUAUGAGCUGUAACACUCAUGGCAAAGGUCUGCAGCUUCACUCCUGAAGCCAGCAAGACCAUGAAUCCACCAGGAGGAACAAACAGCUCUGGACGUGCCAUGUUUAAGAGCUGUAACACUCACUGUGAAGGUCUGCAGCUUCACUCCUGAAGUCAGUGAGACCAUGAAGCCACUGGGAGGAAUGAACAACUCUGGACAUGUCACCUUUAAGAGCUCUGACACUCACUGUGAAGGUCUGCAGCUUCUGGACACAAUACUAUUCAUUCUCACCUUAAAGACGAGGAAACUAAGGCAAAGAAUAGUCAACUAAUAAGUCCAAGUAUACAGAGCUGCUAAGGAAUAGUCUGUCUGAUCCCAAAGGCUGUGUCAUAACCGCUUCCCUAUACUGCCUCUCAGCAGAGGUAAGAGUCAAGUUUUAUUCAUCACUGCCACCCCAUCAGCCCCAGCUUAGUGCCUGACACAGGGAGAUGCUCAAUCAAUGCUGAUUGUUAUUGAGUGGACUAGAAAUGCAAGGCACAGUGAGCCCCUUUGCUGUGACUGAUGGGGUGUCUGAUUUUCUGCUAUAAAGAGAAGGAGAGUGCUGUAUCAAACACACUCCUCUGGCUCCUAGCUCUCUCUGUUUCACUUUGUUUAUCCCAUUUCCCUACUCCUCCUCCUUCGUAACUGCACCAUGUGGAUUCAAAAUUGCAGCUUAGUGCAGACAAAGGGAAAACGGAAUUCUGAAUGACCCCAAAGGGAAAACUGAACUCUGAAUGACCCCUGUGGGUUUGAGAGAAGAGAAGCAGGAACUUGAGAGAGGAGGAAGAGAGAAAGUAAUUAAAAUGUAUUGUUUUAACUUAAUAUUUAACCGAAUGAUAGCAAAAUCUUAUCUGAAGUUGGAAAAGUCAAGGUUUUGAGUGCUGGUUCGGUGCCCAUUUCUUUAUGAUUUGAUAGUCUGAGAAGAAUACAAUGGGUGUGGCUUAAAAACCUAGAUCAUGUGUGUAGUUGGAAUUGGGUGUUAUAUGAGCAAACAAAAUAAAUACCUGUGCAACAUACCUGCUUUAUGCACUCAAGCAGAGAAGAAAUCACAAGUACUCACCAGCCUCCUGGUCUGCAGAGAAGACAGAAUCAAUAUGAGCACAGCAGGAAAAGUAAUCAAAUGCAAAGCAGCUGUGCUAUGGGAGUUAAAGAAACCCUUUUCCAUUGAGGAGGUAGAGGUUGCACCUCCUAAGGCUCAUGAAGUUCGCAUUAAGAUGGUGGCUGCAGGAAUCUGUCGUUCAGAUGAGCAUGUGGUUAGUGGCGACCUGGUGACCCCCCUUCCUGUGAUUUUAGGCCAUGAGGCAGCCGGCAUCGUGGAAAGUGUUGGAGAAGGGGUGACUACAGUCAAACCAGGUGAUAAAGUCAUCCCGCUCUUUACUCCUCAGUGUGGAAAAUGCAGAAUUUGUAAAAACCCAGAAAGCAACUACUGCUUGAAAAAUGAUCUAGGCAAUCCUCGGGGGACCCUGCAGGAUGGCACCAGGAGGUUCACCUGCAGCGGGAAGCCCAUCCACCACUUCGUCGGCGUCAGCACCUUCUCCCAGUACACGGUGGUGGAUGAGAAUGCAGUAGCCAAAAUUGAUGCAGCCUCGCCCCUGGAGAAAGUUUGCCUCAUUGGCUGUGGAUUUUCGACUGGUUAUGGGUCUGCAGUCAAAGUUGCCAAGGUCACCCCAGGGUCUACCUGUGCUGUGUUUGGCCUGGGAGGGGUCGGCCUAUCUGUUGUUAUGGGCUGUAAAGCAGCUGGAGCAGCCAGAAUCAUUGCUGUGGACAUCAACAAGGACAAAUUUGCAAAGGCUAAAGAGUUGGGUGCCACUGAAUGCAUCAACCCUCAAGACUACAAGAAACCCAUCCAGGAGGUGCUAAAGGAAAUGACUGAUGGAGGUGUGGAUUUUUCGUUUGAAGUCAUCGGUCGGCUUGACACCAUGAUGGCUUCCCUGUUAUGUUGUCAUGAGGCAUGUGGCACAAGUGUCAUUGUAGGGGUACCUCCUGAUUCCCAGAACCUCUCAAUAAACCCUAUGCUGCUACUGACUGGACGCACGUGGAAAGGAGCUAUUUUUGGAGGCUUUAAGAGUAAAGAAUCUGUCCCCAAACUUGUGGCUGACUUUAUGGCUAAGAAGUUUUCACUGGAUGCAUUAAUAACAAAUGUUUUACCUUUUGAAAAAAUAAAUGAAGGAUUUGACCUGCUUCGCUCUGGAAAGAGUAUCCGUACCGUCCUGACGUUUUGAAACAAUACAGAUGCCUUACCUUGUAGCAGUUUUCAGCCUCCUCUACCCUACAUGAUCUGGAGCAACAGCUAGGAAAUAUCAUUAAUUCUGCUCUUCAGAGAUGUUAAAAAUAAAUUACACGUGGGAGCUUUCCAAAGAAAUGGAAAUUGAUGGGAAAUUAUUUGUCAAGCAAAUGUUUAAAAUCCAAAUGAGAACUAAAUAAAGUGUUGAACAUCAACUGGGGAAUUGAAGCCAAUAAACCUUCCUUCUUAACCAUUCAA